CCUGCGCUCGUGCAGCCCACGGCAGCUCGGUGCGUCUGGCCCGAGGCACCCUCGGUCCAUCUCGCGCAGCCCGAGCCCGGUGGGAGUCGCAGAGCCCAGGUUGGGGACCUCAGUCCCCCCCGUGCGCAGCGGAGAUCGCCGCGGCGCUUAGGAGAUGCCCCGGAGCCAGGCGCGUCCGAACGCGCCAUCGAACGCAGCGUGGGCAGAGCUAGCGUCUGAGUUCGCAGCUCAGCUCAGGAGGAUCGGAGACAAACUGUAUUCUGCGCGGUGCGAACCCGACAUCACUGCGGUGCUGGCGGAGAUGCCUGGCAGGAAGGUGCGAAAGACCGCGACGAGGAUCCCAAGCCCAACGCCGGAUUCAGAAGACCUGGAAGAUGAGUGUGUUCUGCUCCGGAGAAUUGGAGACAAACUGAAUUUAUGGCAGAAACUUGUGAAUUUUAUUUCCAAGCUCUUUAAUUUAGUAACCUGAGUUCUUCAAACAUUUUUGCAAGAAGGGACUCCCGGAAAGGAAGUUCCCAGUUGGUGCAAAUGUCUAUUAUAGGAUGGACUGUGAUGUGACGGAGAGGGAUGAGGAGGUUCUCUGAGCACGGAUAAUGAAUGAGAUGGAAAUGAAUUUCUUCAGGAAAGUUUUCGGAAAUCGUCCUUUGAGAUGUGAUAACGUGAAACCACAUUUAUUUUAAAACAAGACUAGAGGAGUCAUGGAAAUAGGGAGGUAACUAGGAGUACAUCUGUCUUUUGAGAGUUGGUCUGGAGUUUUUGCAAGAGGUUAUUGUCAAAAGUCAUGGAAAGGGGCGUGGCAAAUGAUUACAUCGGGUGGAGGAUAGUUGUUGAGUAUUGCUUUUCCCUACUUGACAGUAACUCCAGAAUAAUGUGUACUGUUUAGUUUCAUCCACUUAAUCUUCUGAGAGGAAACAUUUCAUUUUUGUUAACAUUAAGUGUUAUAGUGAAUAUUAAUUUCAUAGGUCACCAUGAACCUAUUGUACCUGUUCAGGUGACUUUUAAGUGUGUUACUGUAACCAUUAACUGGAAAGUAUGGAAAACUACCAAGUAACUGAAAAAAAAAACAUUAGAAGUAGUAUAUCAAGGUCACUUGGUGCCAGUAAAAUUCUUGCAGAUUGAAUAUUGUGUGAUAAAGAGAGUUGAGAUUUUAUGUAACCUGAGACAAUGGAAAACAAGAAACUUUUUUAAGUUGAUAUAAUUAAAACUUAGUAAAAGAUUCAUAAGAAGUUCCUAAAAUUUUACCUGCCACAAGUAUUUCUUAGAGGUUUUUUGUUGUUGUUUAUUUGUUUUGUUUUGUUUUUGUAUUUUUUGAGACAGGGUUUCUCUGUAGCUCUGGCUGCCCUGGAAACUCUAGACCAGGCUAGCCUUCGCUCAGAGAUCC